AUGGAAAAUUUUCGGGAUACUAUGAAUGAUUUGUCUCUUCGGGAUCUUGGUUACAAUGGCUUGUGGUAUACUUGGGAACGUGGAAAUUCUCCAUCCACGUGCAUCCGUGAAAGGAUUGAUCGAUCUGUGUGCUCAGCUUCUUGGUCAAACUUGUAUCCCCAUCACAUGGUGGACCAUUCUAUUUGCUACAAAUCGGACCAUCUGGCCAUUUGCCUUCAGCCCAGUUCCUAUCGAAGAUCCACUGGAAAUCAUCGAAGGUUUUUCUUCGAAACUAGCUGGCUUCUUAACCCAACUUGUGAAGAUGCUGUUCGUGAUGCUUGGGCAGAUUCUGUGGGAGAUUCUAUCCCGGGCCGGUUGGUUUUUAUGGCCCAAAAGCUGAAGAUUUUGGGGGGCCGAAAAUGUGGGUAA